UAAUUUAAUCUAAAUAUCAAAUAGUACUAUUAUGUACUAUAAAAUAUUAGCUUAGUCAAACAUUUGAUGCUGGCAUUUAUGUUAUUUUUAAAAAAAAAAUCAUUUUUUGUCUUUCACCACUUCGCACUGUUCAUAGCCGGUUUAAUUUGAAUUUUGUUCACUAGUAAUGAUGUGUAAAUUUUGGCCACAUGGAACCUUGCAGUUUGUCUCCUUUUUAAUGCUGGGUUUCAUUUUAAUGUUUUUUUUUCUGAUCAAUCCUUGAACUUUGAAGUUGGGUUUUUAAUUCAUUUUAUCUAGAUUCCAUGAGUAAUAUAUCUUUUAUUUUUUAUUUUUCAUUUUAAUUCAUCAUAUCUAGAUCCCAUGAGUAAUACUUGCACUAAUUAUUUUUGUGGAAAAUGUUUGACAAAUUAAUUUAUUAGGAUCGAUCUGAAAAUUUUAUCUACUUAAUUCAAUCGAACUUCAGAAAAGCCAAAUUAAUUCACCAAAUUAAAUGCUGUAGAAUCUUUUUCUUUUCCUCAUUGGUCAAAUUUAACAGAAAAAAUUGUCCAUGUCCCCCAGUCAUUGUUUAAAUGCAAAAGGCAAUCUUAGUUUGCGUAUAUAGUUUUGUCAUUUUUCACAUAUCAAAAUGGAGACAAAGUUAAUGUAUUUGGAGAGCGAACUUGGUGAUUAAUGAUGCCAUAUGGAGAAGAAUUUAAUCAUGGCCAGACUAAGCCCUCCGUCGUUCAUUUCCUUCCUUCACGUAGCACUCCUUGCAACAUGUUGCAGAGGGAAAUCGCAGCAGCUGCCAAAGAAGCAUGUGCCUUUCUUCAUCUUUGGUGAUUCAUUUCUGGAUGUUGGCAACAACAACUAUAUCAACACCUCAACUCUUGACCAAGCAAAUUUCUGGCCUUAUGGUGAAACUUAUUUCAAGUUCCCUACCGGAAGGUUUUCUGAUGGGCGUUUGAUAUCAGACUUUAUUGCUGAACAUGCAAACUUGCCAUUGAUCCCACCUUUUCUGCAACCGGGAUUUCGACAAUAUUACCUUGGAGUAAAUUUUGCAUCUGCUGGAGCAGGUGCUCUAGCUGAGACAUUUCGUGGAGUUGUGAUCGAUCUUAAAACACAGCUAAGCUACUUUAACAAGUUAGAGAGUCGGAUGAGACAGAAAUUAGGAAUUGAUGAAGCGAAGUUGACUAUAUCAAGGGCUGUCUACUUGUUUAGCAUUGGAACCAAUGAUUACACGAGCCCUUUCUUGACCAAUUCCACUAUCUUAAACAACUACUCUCACUCCACAUAUGUUGGGAUGGUAAUCAGCAACCUUACAACUGCCAUUAAAGAAAUAUAUAGACGAGGUGGUCGAAAAUUUGCGUUCAUCAACUUGCCUGAUUUAGGUUGUCUUCCGGGGGUAAGGUUACUCAAGACUGAAACAAAUGGAAGCUGCUUGGAGGAAGCAACAUCACUUGCAACAUUACAUAACAAAGCUCUUUCCAAGCUUCUGUCUGAGUUAGAAAAACGAUUGAAGGGGUUUAAGUAUUCAUUUUUUGACUUCAACAGCAAUCUCAGACAGAGAAUGCAUCAUCCCUCCAAAUAUGGUUUUAAAGAAGGGGAGACAGCAUGCUGUGGAACGGGGAAAUAUAGAGGAGUAUUCAGCUGUGGGGGGAAAAGGACAGUGAAGAAAUUUGAACUUUGUAAGAAUCCGAAUGAGUAUGUGUUUUGGGACUCUUUCCAUCUCACCGGAAAGAUUUACAAACAAUUGGCAAAUGCAAUGUGGAGUGGAACAACCAAUUCUAGUGGUGUUGGACCUCACAAUAUGAAGAAACUAUUCCGAAUUCCUUAAGCAAAUUUUGUCCCAAAACACAGAAUUUAUUCACGAAAACGUGUGUAGAUACAUGGGCUCCAUUCCGAUCCAUAUAAUUUAGCAUAGGAUAUGCAUUGACGUUUUCUCUAAUAAAGAAUAAAUUCAUGUUUUUAGGGGCAAAAUCUGAUUGGAUUUGCUCUUGGCUUGUACUAAUUUAUAAAGCUUUGGGUUACUUUGCCAAAUUCACUUUUGUUUUUAGCAGAAGAGGAUUUGACUUGGAGUUUUCUAUAUUUCUUUUGACGAUAAAGUUGUUGUAAUUAACUUAA